UUCAGCACAGAUGUAAUUUCUGGCUAAAAAUUUAUUACGACAUAUUAAUUGUGCUUAUCAAAGAGAUUGUUGGAAUAGCACAUCAAUAUUGAAAAAUGGUUAAGAGAAAUGCCAAGGGACAACAAAUUGACAAGAAUUCAGUUUUGUCGUUGAUUAAUAAGGAGUAUGAAGAUGAAUUAAAGGAAAGAGCAAUGCUUCUGCUUAUACAAUCAGAAAUAAAUGUAAUAUUAUAAUAUAUAUAGAAAAGUAAAUUGAUUUUCCCCCGAUGAGUAAUUUUCCUUUAUUGUAGGAGUGUGUUUAUCAAUGGAAAAUGUUUGAUUGGUCUAACCAAAUAGAUGAAAAUGUUACUUUCUUCAAGAGUUUUAUCGAACAAGUGAACGGGAUAGUGAACACAACUCAUAAUGCCACAUCACUCUUUUUUCAUGAAUGUAUUAAAUUUAAAAAUGAGGAAAGAAACUUCAGUGAAAUCUCAGUUAAAUGUAUAAAUGCACUGGAUAAAGUAAUGUCUGAAUUUAUUAAAUCAAUACAGGAGUUUGACAUGAUCAUACAAACAUUGGUUAAAAAUAAUGAACUUUUAGUGCAUUCCAACUUGCUUGAUAAUCCAAACUUGUUUAUGGAUAAACAGACUUCUAAGAUUUUUCAUGAUCACCUCAAAACAGCUUCAGAUAUGUUAUAUGAUGAUCUUGAACAGUUAAUAAACCAAUUCCUGAUCAUCUUACUACCAACAACAGAAACAGUCAAGGCAGAAAAGCGACAGGCCACAAAGACUCCCUUUAUUGUACGUUUCCUGUGCAGUGAGGCUCUGAAGGUGCCAGAUUCAACAGGAAUAACUGAAACAAACAUCAUGGAAGAGAAGCAACAAUCUUCCUUUGAACUUCACAAUAAAAUUCCAAGAAGAGUUUUAGAUUGUAAUGAAAUGAUGAAUUUCGAAUUUGAUCUAGGCUUAAAGAAGACUGUUGAAAUUAAGGAUAGACCGAAAACAGAUAAGGAUAACGUAGUGGCAGCCUUCAGAUAUUAUUUACAUGUUUACUUGAACGAAUUCGUGUGGAAUAAUCACAAAUUGAAAUUGUUUAUUAGUACAAGAGCAUUUGUAAUCAUUUCGCAGACAUCACAGGUUGUUCAAGCUAAAGCAACUAUGAGCUGGCUUAGAUUUUUUGGAGAAGCUGUUGAGAAACCAUGGAAUGAAUUUAAGAAUUUAUUGUUAGAUUAUUACCAUGCAAAUACUGGAAGACAUCUAACAUCUACACAAAUCAACUAUUUAAGACAUAGAUUCAUGUUGGAGAAUGAUGACAGUACCAUCACUCUUAAUGAUCUUUUAACAAAAAAGUAUUCAGAAACACCAAAACAAGAUGCCAAAGAUAAACUUUAUAAAAAAAAUUUUACACCAUGGCAUUGGUUUGCGGCAUGCAUCAAUUCGUCAGGCACAGAUAAAGUAAAAACAUAUUGGGAGGAGAGAUUGGUUUAUGGUUUUAUAAGUAAGGGAUACGCUGAACAAAUUCUUACAAAUCACGAUAAUGGAACUUUUCUUAUCCGUUUUGCUGAGAGUAGAAUAGAAGCUUCUCAAAGUGCAACACCAAAAGCAAAUUUUACACUGGCUGUGAAACAACAAAAUAAAAUUUAUCAUCUACAGGAUUUUUUGACUUUUACAGAAUUGAAUAAUAAAAACUUGGAUUUAUAUGAUACCCUAAAUGAAAUCAAAAUCUAUAAAACUGGAAGAAAACUAGUUGCCCAUGGCAAAGUUGUGCUAAAUCCAAUUGAAUCUAAUCCACUUGAAUUGAAAAGUUUUAGAGACGACGAUGACAAUAGUGACGAGGAAUUAGCUGGAGAAGAUAAUUAUAAUGCAAAGAAGGUAAAAUAUGAAGUUCUUCUUAGACCAAUUGAAAGGUAUAUCAAUUUUUACCCAUUUAAAAAAUUGGACAACUGUUUAUUAUUUCUUUUAAAAAAUUUCAGGCAUCGGUAUACAUUUAUUCCAGAAUGUAAUGGUACGCUAGAUGGAUUUGAGGCACCUACACCUUCUGUGGAAAGCCUGCAUUCACAAAAUACGCCUUCGCCUUUUUUCCAAGACUCUUCUACAGAAGUUGAAGAUGAAUUUCAGUCUACGCAAUCGGAGAAUACUUUACCUGACAAUUUCCCUAUUUUUCAAUGUGGGCAAGGUGAAUCAUUAGGGAACGUUUAUCUAGAGCAAAGUUAUUUGGAAGUACAGGAAAAUGCCCAACUAUUGUCUAAUCUAAUCAAUACUUAUUUGAAUGACCCGGAUAAAACUGAAUAUGACUUUGUUUAAACUAAUAAAGAGGAAAUAUGAAUAUAAUGGAUCAAGAUUUAACAUAUAAAUUCAAUGGAGGGUUAGGUUAGGAUUAACCCUAAAAGUUUUUGAAAUGAAGAAAAAGCAUUUUCCCAAAAUAUUAUUCUUAUGUAUUUGGAAUGUAAUAACAGUGUUGUAAUAUUUAAACUCAAUAAAUGUAUUUCUCUCUAAAAAUAAAGUGUCUUUUUUUUGACAUUGGCCAUAUGGUGGUAUAUUUUUACUAUGCUCAACCAAUGACUACUUUGCCAUAGGUCAAUACUAAUUCGAAACUUCUUGGCAUUAGUAGAAUUAAUGUUAUGCCUAAAAAAAUGAUAUGAUAAGAAUUUCAUCAACAAGGAUGAAAACAAAUAGAGGUGAAACCGUUCCC